AACGAUUGAAGAAAAGUCGCGGUCGAAAGCUGAACUACGGUACUGACACAUUUCAAAACUCGAAAGCUCUGAAAGAGGGCAGCACGCGCUCCUGUACUACUUUCUGCAAUAUGUGUUCGGAUGAAGAGCGCGCGGUGACGGGGGGCUCCGGUAACGGAAAGUUGCGUCAGUGGCUGAUCGAGCAGGUGGACACCGGAAAAUACCCUGGACUCGUGUGGGAGAACGACGAGAAGAGCAUCUUUCGAAUUCCGUGGAAGCACGCGGGGAAGCAGGACUACAACAGGGAUGAGGAUGCUGCGCUCUUUAAGGCUUGGGCACUAUUCAAAGGAAAGUUCCGGGAGGGAAUCGACAAACCUGACCCACCAACUUGGAAAACGCGUCUUCGGUGUGCUCUUAACAAGAGCAACGACUUUGAGGAAAUUGUGGAGCGCAGUCAACUUGACAUAUCGGACCCCUAUAAAGUGUAUAGGAUUAUUCCGGAAGGAUCCAAAAAAGGCAAGGGGGAGCAUAUUGUAUCUACUGAUGAUUCACAGUCCAAUUCAAACUCACCUAGUUAUCCAAUACACCCACCGUAUGCACCAGCACCUUCUCAGGUGUGCAACUACAUUUCUCCAGCAGAGAGAGGAUGGAGGGAUUACCCCACCCUGUCUGAGAUCCCUUACAGCCAGAGCCCCUACACUCCACGCUGGGACCCUGGGUACCAGUUCAGUGGCUCCUUCUUCAGUUGCAAUGCAUCUGAUCCACAGCCGUCACCCUUCACCCUGGACACCAGCAUGAGAUCCGCUGAGGCUCUGGCCCUCUCAGAUUACCGCUUAAAUGUGGUGGUGUUUUACCGGGAUGCCCUGGUGCGAGAGGUAACAGUGACUAGUCCAGAGGGCUGUCAGCUGGGCCCUAGCAGAGAGGGACAGGCCUUCGCUUCACCUGGGGCUCCAGAACUGGUUGAACUCCCUCAUGCUGAAAGGGCAUCUCUGGAGCGUGGUGUUAUACUCUGGAUGGCUCCUGACGGGCUCUACGCCCGCCGCCGCUGCCCCUGCAGGGUGUACUGGGAGGGAGCUCACGCUCCACCUACUGACAAACCCAACAAGCUGGAGAGAGAGCAGAACUGCAAACUGCUGGACACUCAUCUGUUCAUAACAGAGUUGCAGAGUUACGCCCUGCACGCUCGUCCUGCGCCAUGUUCCCAAGUGCUGCUAUUCUUUGAGGAUGAGAGUACUGAUGCGCAAAGGCCAAGAAGGACAUUCACAGUGCAGGUUGAGCCACUGUUUGCUCGCCAGCUUCUCUACCUCAGUCACCCGGGCAGCAUGAACUACAUCCGCAGCCAUGAGCUUUCACACCUUCCCCCUGAACACCAUCUCCCCGACCCAAGAUUACCACAGAGUCAUUACGCAUCACCAUAACAACGCCUCUCAAAAUUGACCCUGGAGGCUAAAUCCUGGAUUACUGGGAUAGUUCACCCAAAAAUAAAGAUUCUGCCAUAAUUGAUUCACUCUCAUG